AUGGGCUAUCAAGCCGAUCCUGCAGGAGUUCUUUCUUUCUCCACUGAUUGGGAGAGCACCGCUUUCCUGCCUAACGGCUAUGCCGUCAUACCAGCAUCAAUCGGGAUUACCGCUCGUCAACGAACCCUUGUGACAGAGCGGCUUUCUCUGCCGAACCCGUCCCUUCCUCUCGUGGUCGUCGAUGUGGAUGGUCGUUCCCGCUCUUUCUCACCACGACAGUCGCACUCCAAUGAUGAAGAAGCCAACUGCACAGUCGACCUUGUUCAAGCUCUUCUCGACAAGAACAUCCCUGCUUCAUCGAUCGCAAUUAUAACAUUCUAUAAGGAUCAACAGCGGAUGCUCGAACGCAGCGCAACUCGCUUCGGCGUUCGUCUACACACGGUCGAUUCUGUUCAGGGUCACGAGAUGGACAUCGUGAUCAUACUCACCACUCGGACCAACAUCGAUCGCUCCUCUGGCGACUUCCUCGACGAUCUCCGGCGACUCAACGAGGCGGAGCAGUACAAAAGGCGAGGAGACGAGGCAUGCGGGAUUGGAAGGCAACUGGAGGACGGUCCUGCUGGACAUCGACGUCGGACACACUCACCCCACGGACCUCCGCCGCCCUCGGGCCCAGAAGUAAUAUAUUCGGUCAAUAUUCGGUCAGUAUAA